CCAACACCUACGACGCGUCUGCCUGAAGAAUACCGUUCUUCACCUUGUCGCGCCAAUGCCCGGUGGCAAAUAUGGCGCUUCACUCCCCCCUCAGAUGCACCCGCGAGUAGCGGUGAUGAGCUUCCCUAGACGCAGCAGUUCUAUUCUAUAUAAUCAUCGACUUUUGCCGAGGUCGGUGCUGGUCCAAACGCGUUUCAAAUCAACAAUGUAUCCUUCUUCCUACGCCAGACUAUGGAACCCAAUACGAGGCAUCGUCUUUGGCCAAGCGAGUCAGAACGAGACGUCCCAUCCUCGAGUGGACAUGCUGCGUUCUCUCCACACCACGACGCCAGGAAACAGCCAGCCCUCAGUCGCGACGAAGUCGAGUAACGAGAUUAUCGACUCUGACAGCGAUGACCUGCCUUUCUACACCGCUCCGGAGUACCAGCCCGCGCUAGACAACGUUCCCACUGCCCAGACGCUCCAAGCAGAGACCGAAGGGGGUCCGAAGGAGGCUAAGGCCGAGGCCGAGACGAAGGCGGCUACAGAGCCAGCAGAUCUCCCGCAGACAGACUUGGAUUUCAAGAUCCCUCUGCCGACAUUUCGGAAAGCCCAAGCUGCAAAAGAGAACACGGGGGACUCGUUCUGGUCUUACACACUCUUUCGAGGACCCCCGGUAGACGGGGUCGAGCAAAAAGUCAAAGUGCACUACUGCAAGACCAAACACACCAUGGAGAGAGUGUGUCAAUACUUUGUGAAUGAUUCGGUGCUUGGGUUCGACCUCGAGUGGUUCCCGGAUGCGAAGAAGACCUCGGGUCCGAAGAAGAAUGUCUCCUUGAUCCAGGUCGCCAACGAGAGUCGGAUCGCUUUGUUUCACAUUGCUUUGUUUCCCACCGACGACUUUGUCGCUCCAACAUUCCGGAAGAUCAUGGAGGACUCGGACGUGCGAAAGGUCGGCGUGAACAUCAAGGGCGACUGUACGCGGAUACGAAACCAUCUGCAGGUCGAUACGAGGGGAGUCUUCGAGUUGAGCCACUUGUAUAAGCUUGUGAAGUACUCAGCAAGUGGUGAAGUGAGACUGAUCAACAGGAGGCCUGCACCUCUGGCUACAAUGGUCAAGGAACACCUUGGUCUUCCCAUGUUCAAGGGGCAGGAUGUCCGGUCGAGUGACUGGUCCCAGUCCCUGAACAUGGACCAGCUCAUGUACUCUGCUUCAGAUGCUUAUGCCGGUUUUCAACUAUUCCAUGUUCUCAAUGGGAAGCGCAAGAGCCUCGAUCCAACUCCGCCGCUCCCAUAUAAUGCUGAGCUCGGCCUGAGCAUCCGGCUCGCAGACGGGGUCACCCUUCCAAUGGCAGAAGAGAAUACUGAACCUCUAGAGGCUGACCCGCGCAACAUCUCAGCACCUCUGUCGGCCUCGGAGUGCCAGGCAAUCAGAGACAGUCUCGAAGUUGAAGCAGAUGGCGAGGGUCAAUCAAUCGCCGAGAGCGUGAGAGCCGCCAAACCGGCUGCUCAGACCCAGAAGCGCCAGAAGGACGCCAGGGUCGUUGCUGCCGAUGAGAAGCUGGCCAGCUACCGGGCCACAAUCAAAUCCCUCCGCGCCUCACCUUCCGCCGUACGAUCCUACUUCAUCUGGAACGAUAACGAGGACCUCACGCCCGAGGCCGUUGCCAAGGUCCUCCGAGACCCGCCGCUCCAGACGAACACGGUGGUGAGCUACAUUCUGGAGGCUCUCAAGUUGGAAAAGCUGCCGUUUGAUAAGAAGCGGCUGCGAAACGAGAUUCUGCACACGCUGCCGAAGGAGGUUCUGCAAGGCAGGUACAAAGCUUUGAUGUUGGAGGCUCAUAAGCCCGAUACUGGGGCCCCUUCUCUGGUUGCGUGAAAUGAUGCGCAGCUACGUACACGAAGAGGAUGCAUGACGAGUCCACGAACCAAGAAAAAUACGUUGUGCAGUUCAGCAUUGGAUUCAUGCAUAAUAGAGAUACCCGCAUUGGUUACAUUUCA